GUAAACCUGAGGAACCAAUACCAAGACAAGAAGUUCAAAAAAGAACCGUCUAUUCUGCUAGGUCAAUAUCCUGUAACCUCGAUUUCUUCCGGGUAUUUGGGCGCGCAAAUUACACAAGGAAUGCUGCAGCGACAGGGAAGACUCCAUCCAAAGCCCUAGUUUGUCGAAGACACUUGAAUAUAAGAAGAAAUUGCAGUAGAAGAAGGCAUCUUAUUGUCAUCUUCUUCUCUCUAUCACUCUGUAUAUCCCCCACGCCCAUGAACUUGUAGCAAGAAAAACAUGGGUCGUCCAGAGCCAUCUGUAUUAUUUGCUCAGAACUUCGUUCAUCCUCAACUUGACGAGUAUGUUGACGAGGUAAUAUUUGCAGAACCGAUUGUCAUUAAUGCGUGUGAGUUUCUGGAACAGAAUGCAUCAUCAGCUUCACCAGUAAUAACACUUGUUGGGGCUACUUCACCUCCUUCAUUUGCUUUGGAGGUUUUCGUGCAAUGUGAAGGGGAACCAAGGUUCAGGCGUCUGUGCCAGCCGUUCCUGUAUUCGCAUUCAUCCUCAAAUGUGCUUGAAGUUGAGGCUGUAGUAACUAGUCAUUUGGUCGUAAGAGGAACCUAUCGCAGCUUGACAUUAGUUGUCUAUGGAAAUACUGCAGAAGAUCUAGGACAGUUUAACAUUGAUUUUGAUUUGGAUAGCUCCUUGGCAAACCUGGUUUGUUCAUCAUCAGAAGGAAAGCUUGAAGACCUUCCUCCUGCAUUGCGUUCAACUAAGUUGUCUUUAGAGGAGUCAAUAUGCUCCUUAAAGUCACUAUGUUUACCAGUUCCUGAACCAGAUUUUACUUUGGAACUAAAAGAAUUCAUACACUUGAUUUAUAAGGUCUUUGAUGCAUCAAGUCUUGGGAAUGACGUGCAUAAUGUUGUUUCUUCUGUUGCAUCUGUGGUGUCUACGUAUAUUACUGGUAGUUUGCAGUUUACGGAAUUAUCUUGUAACCAGAAUGGACAAAUUAACUCUUUAAAUUGCUUAAAGGAACCUAAUUCUAAUCUUAGUCAAGCUAGAAAUGAACUUUCUGAACUUUAUAAAACGAUUCUUCAAAAAUCUGGGCAUGUAUCAAACAAAUUAUCCGGAGAUUGUGACAUGAUUGAAUCUGAUGCUGAAAUGGCAGUACCAGCUUUUGAACUGUUACUGGAUGUACUCGGCCGUUAUUUUUUCUCUAAGGGGCAAUUUCAGACUGAUCACACAUCGCUUUCUCAGAAUAAAAAUAUGAUUGUAGGUUUGAGUUUGGAGCUGUUGUUAUGCUCUGGAAAAGAGAGUUGCUUUCAGUUUGUCAAUAGUGGUGGAAUGGAGCAGCUAGCGGGGGUUUUCUGUACUGCAACAAAGAAAUCUACGGCUAUUACCUUAAUGCUGCUCUCAGUUGUUGAACGGGCAACUCGAUAUUCUAUCGGGUGUGAAGGAUUUUUGGGUUGGUGGCCUCGUGAAGAUGAGAAUGUCCCAUCAGGUUAUAGUGAAGGCUAUAGUCAUAUAGUGAAGUUGUUACUGGAAAAACAGCAGCACGAUGUUGCAUCUCUCGCAACGUAUAUCCUCCAUCGGUUACGAUCCUAUGAAGUUGCAUCGAAGUAUGAGUCUGCAGUACUAUCUUUAUUGGGAAAUGUGUCUGCUGUUGAGGUGGCCAAAUGUAUCAGUCUGAAUAUGCUCAGCAGUGCUAAACUGCAGCUCAAGAAACUAUUGAAGUUACUAAAUUCACGGGGGCCAAUUGAGGAUCCUUCACCCACAGCUCUUGCUAGUAGAUCAUCGAUUCUCGGUCAGACUGAGGGAAUUUUAUCGUACAAAGCAACAAUUGACUUGAUUGCAUCCUCUAAUUGUUCUUUUCCAAAUUGGGAUAUUGACCAACAUUUACUGACACUUCUAAAGGAAAGGGGAUUUCUUCCUUUAUCAGCUGCGCUGUUGUCAUCUACUAUGUUGCGUUCUGAAAAAGGGCAUGCAAUGGACAUAUUCAUGGACAUUGUCUCCUUGAUAGAGGCCAUACUUCUUUCGCUUCUUUACUGUCGCUCAGGUUUAGUGUUCCUUCUAAGUCAGCCUGAAGUCACUGCCACAUUAAUCCUUUCUCUUGAGGGUCUUAAAGAAACAAACACGGAAGAUUGUGUGCCUCUUCGAUAUGCAUCAGUUCUGUUAUCUAAGGGUUUCUUUUGUCGCCCUCAGGAAGUUGGUAUCAUUGCGGAGCUGCAUCUUAGGGUGGUGAAUGCUAUUGAUCGUUUAUUAGCAUCAGUUCCUCACUCUGAGGAACUUUUAUGGGUACUGUGGGAGUUAUGCGGUCUUUCUAGGUCUGAUUCUGGACGACAUGCACUAUUGGCAGUAGGUCAUUUUCCAGAGGCAAUUUUGGUUUUGAUGGAAGCAUUACGUUCGGUUAAUGAAGUGGAGGCAGCAAUGUUAAAUAGUGAAACUUCACCUAUAAAUCUUGCGAUUUUUCACUCGGCUGCGGAGAUUUUCGAAGUGAUUGUUACCGAUUCAACCGCAUCUUCUAUGCGCUGUUGGAUUAAACAUGCUGUGGAGCUUCACAAGGCCUUGCAUUCAUCUUCCCCCGGAUCUAAUAGGAAGGAUGCUCCUACGAGGUUGUUGGAAUGGAUCGAUGCGGGUGUAGUUUAUCACAGAAAUGGAGCUAUUGGACUUCUACGGUAUGCCGCUGUUUUAGCUUCUGGGGGAGAUGCUCAGCUUACUUCAGCAAGUGUUUUAGUAUCUGAUUCCAUGGAUGUUGAAAAUGUUGUUGGAGAGUCCGACAACGGUUCUGACAUUCAAGUCAUUGAAAAUCUCCUCGGGAAACUCGUUUCAGACAAGUUAUUUGAUGGGGUUGCUCUUCGCGAUUCUUCUGUAGCUCAGCUGACAACAACCUUCAGGAUUUUGUCCUUCAUUUCAGAAAACCCGGCUGUUGCAGCUGCUCUUUAUGAAGAGGGUGCAGUGAAACUUAUAUAUGUUGUUCUAAUCAACUGCAAAUCCAUGCUUGAGAGAUCCUCUAACACAUAUGAUUACCUUGUCGAUGAAGGUGGCGAGUGCAACUCUACCUCAGAUUUGCUUUCAGAACGUAGUCGCGAACAGAGUUUAAUUGAUCUUAUGAUUCCCUGUCUUGUGUUGCUUAUUACGCUAUUGCAAAGAUUGCAGGAUGUUAAAGAGCAGCACCGGAAUACAAAGCUAAUGAAUGCGCUUUUGCGUUUGCAUAGGGAAGUCAGUCCAAAAUUAGCUGCAUGCGCGGCAGAUCUUUCCUCCCCGUAUCCUGGUUCAGCUCUUGGUCUAGGGGUGGUUUCCCAUCUUCUUGUCUCGGCCCUAGCAUGUUGGCCAGUAUUUGGUUGGACUCCUGGUCUAUUUCAUUGCUUACUUGACAGUGUUCAAGCAGCUUCACUUCUAGCCUUGGGUCCAAAGGAAGCCUGCAGUUUACUAUGUCUAUUGGGUGAUCUAUUCCCCGAGGAAGGUAUCUGGCUGUGGAGGGAUGGGAUGCCCUCACUGAGUGCACUUAGAACUUUGUCUAUUGGAACAAUAUUAGGCCGUCAAAAGGAGAAGCAAGUUGACUGGUACUUACAGCCUGGACAUGUUGCAACGCUGCUCGGUCGUUUGACUCCACUGCUGGAAAAAAUCGCACAGAUUAUUUUACAUUUUGCUUCUACCGCAUUGGUUGUCAUACAAGACAUGCUGCGUGUUUUCAUAGUUCGAAUUGCAUGCCAAAAGGCUGAAAGUGCUGUUUUUCUGCUUCGACCAAUCAUUUUAUGGAUAGAAGAUCAUGUAUCUGAAUCUACUCCUCUCUCUGACACAGAUGUUUUCAAGGUGUAUAGACUUCUUGAUUUUAUUGCUAGCCUACUGGAGCAUCCACGUACUAAGGCGUUAUUACUAAAAGAGGGUCUCGUUGGCUUACUAUUGAAAGCACUUAAGAGGUGUGUCAAUGCAUCUAUUUGUGAAGGGAAGAUGUUCAAGGACACCAGAAUUUCUGCUGAGCUUGGUUUUACUCUUCUCGGUUGGUGCCUUCCUGUAUUCAAGGCGUUCACACUGAUUUUUGCUUCUCAAGUUUCUAUGCAACACUCUGCCAAAUAUGACAAAUUUGAAAAAUUGAGUACUGAAGAUUGCUCGUUAAUAUUGAAUGAUGUACUCAAGUUAUGCCAGGUCCUUCCAGUUGGAAAGGAAUUGCUUGGGUGUCUAGUCGUCUUUAAAGGGUUAGCUGCUUGUGUUGAGGGUAAAAAUGCUUUUGCAUCCGUUGCUGAUCAUUCUAGUUUUGAGCAAGAUGAGCCUGAGAGAGGGCAUGAACCGGAUGAAAAUGGCAGCAGCCUGUACGGCUUUGAUUGGAAGAGACACCCACCUCUGCUAUAUUGCUGCAGAAAUUUAUUGAGAUCUAUAGAUGGCGAGGAUAGUUUGUCUGCUUAUGCGACUGAGGCUCUAAGCGCACUGUCUCUAGGUGCACUUUCCUUCUGCAUGGAAGGUAAAAGCUUGAACUUGGAGAGGAUUUCUGUAUUAAAAUCCCUUUUUGGGCUUCCUCUUGAUUCUGAUGGCGUGGGACAUCUUCCCGAAGAUAAAGUGGAGGAUGCCUUUGAAUUAGUAGCUUUAUUAGAUUCGAAAGUUAAUGAAGCUGAAUCUUUUGCCACCUCAAAUAUGAAAACUAUUUUAUCUCAGGUAAAGGAAACAACCAAGUCACUGUUAAUGUUGCUGGAGAAGCCCACCGGUUCAAUCAAAGUGGAUGAUCCUACUUUUAAUGAAGGGUUCCCUUUCAAGUCAAAUGAUGUUCUUGAUGCUUCAAAGUUUGUUCUACCUCAUUACUUGUUUCCAUCUCUCACCAUGCGGGCCAUCAUUAAUGAUGACUCUAGGGAAUCACUUUCAUGGGCAAGAAAGCUGGAUGGUUAUGCUGAAAAGGCUGAUGAUUACUCCUCUCUUGGGGGACUUGUUGACAAGUUUAUGUGGGAAUGUCCAGAUUCUUCUGACAGACUAGGGACAUCAGCCCUUCCCCAGAAAAGGAAAAUGACUUCAAUGGAGGUGCCGAAUAGGCGUUCUAGAGGAGAUAACCCAGGAGUCGACCUUACAAGAGGAUUAGGUCUCCCCGCCGCUUCUUCUGGUCCUACACGUAGGGAUGCUUUUCGACAACGCAAGCCGAAUACCAGCAGACCUCCUUCUAUGCAUGUGGAUGACUAUGUUGCAAGAGAAAGAAAUGUGGAUGGUGUUAGCACUGGCUCGAACGUUGUAAGUUCUGUCCAGCGUGGAGGAACUACUGGCGGUAGGGCUCCAUCAAUCCAUGUGGAUGAAUUCAUGGCCAGACAAAGGGAGCGGCAACCCCCUGUGGCUAUGGCAGCUGGGGAGACGGCACCACUUGUAAGAAACACCCCGCCUGAGAGCGAGAGUGGCCCAGAGAAGCUUGAUAGGCCACAGCAUUUGAAAGCAGAUCUUGAUGAUGAUCUUAAUGGAAUCAAUAUCGUUUUUGAUGAAGAGGAGUCGGAAUCUGACGAUAAAUUACCAUUUCCUCAGCCUGAUGAAAAUUUGCAUGCAGCUCCUGUCAUGAUCGAGGGAGGUUCUCCGCAUUCAAUUGUUGAAGAAACUGAAAGUGACAUUAAUGUGAGUACACAUGUAUCUAACUUGGGAACACCAUCAGCUUCUAAUGUAGAUGAGAAUAACGCAAGUGAGUUCUCUUCGAAAAGAUCGUUAUCUAGACCCGAGAAGCCAUUAUCACGUGAAGCAAGUGUUACUUCUGAGAAGAAGUACCCAGAGAAGCCGUAUUUCGGUGAGCAAUCUGAUGACUCAAAGAAUGUCACUCCACUCACGACCUUCUGUGCGUUUGAAGCUGCUACAAACCCACCUGGGUUUCCAAUACCAUUUUAUAAUAAGAGUUCGUCAUCCCCUCUACAUGUAGUGGGUGAUUCUAGGGUGCCUUCUAGUAUCUAUCAAAGAGACAACUCACAGCAAGCAUCUAAUGCUCAUUUGGCCUCUGGAUCUAAAGGACGUUAUGAGAGGAAGCCUUUGCUCAAUCAACCACCGUUACCACCAAUGCCUCCUCCUCAGUCUGUUUCAUCUGUGAUAUCCCAGAAAGCGGAAACUGUUCCAAGUCAUUCAUCUCCCUAUGGCCACCCAAUGCGAGAUGCGCAACCACCACUUCCUACCGGCUAUCCGUUGCAAGCAUUUGAUGUUAAUGGCACUAGUACUGUACGUUCUUUCUAUGGAAGAGAAGAUAACAAUUAUAAUUCACAGGUUCAAAUGGAUUAUCUCUCUUCCUAUCCUCACGGUCCCGCAACGGCAGUGCAUCCUAUGCUGGAUCCAAAGUACUCAUGGGUUUCUGCCUCUCCUGGAAAUAGGCUGAACGAUGAUACCAACUCCUCUGCUGCUGGAUCUGCUAGACCUCCACAACCUCCACUUCCACCCACUCCUCCUCCAGUCUCAGCUUCAUUUGCACAGACAUCUAUGAAGAAUUAUACAAAUCAGUCAUCUGUUUAUGGUCAUAGUAGUGCUGGUAUGACUCAACCUCCCUCCACCGAUGCUAGAUUAGGUACCUUCACUCAACCAGGCGGCGGCUUAUCUUCUUACCCUCCAUCUCUUAUCCCACCUUUGCUAGUCAGCAGGUCGCCAACCAUACCGGGAACUGUUUAUAGUGGUCCGACUCAGCAUCAGGGUCAGAACCAACCAAGCUCCAAUUCCAUGCAGUCAAUGCAACCUAGGCUACAGCUGCAACCACUGCAGCCACCACAACCUCCUCAUCCCCACCCUCAUCCUCCUCAGCAUCUAAGACCUCCUAUUCAGGUUUCACACUUGCAGUCAGAUCAAGGAAUGUCUAUGUUACAGAAUCCUAUACAAGUCCAGGCUCAGCCUUUUCAAAACCAGCAACAGCCUCAUAUUUCGCCACUGCAGGUCUACUAUCAAUCCCAACCACCAGAGCAUCUUGCACAACCGCAAUUGCAACAACAAGCUGAACUCACUCAAGCACAAGCUCUUUAUCAGCAAGGUGAAUCAUCUCAGCAACAGCAACAACAAGAUCUUCCAAUGUCUUUACAGGAGAUCCUUGGAUCUCCUGAAGCCAUCCAGUCUUUGUUGAGUGAUCGGGAGAAACUCUGCCAGAUUCUAGAGCAAAAUCCUAAACUAAUGCAGAUGCUGCAGGAUCGCCUUUGAUACUUUAAGUUAUAACCAGAGCAGAGAUACCAUGCCCAGUCGGGCUCAACACAAUCAACCUCCAAUCAUCGUUUUUGUUUGUUUGUUUCUUGUAUAUUCUUACAUGUACUUUAGUUCACACAAUAGUGUGGUCCUUAUGGCAAGGCAUAAGCUUUUGCAAGGAAGAGCUCGUUAUGUUGAAUCGUUGAUCAUCUUAUUAAGAAAGAACCAAGGGACGGAACUGUUUCGAAUCUUUAAUUCUUUUAUAAAGAGAUGGUCAAUAUUUUCAACGGUA